AAAUCUUGAAUUCUCUAUUUAUAUUUGUAUGUAAACAUGUGCCCAGCUUAGGAUUCAGCCGAUGCAUGCGUACUGUACUAGUGAACUUAAGCAACCUUUUUUGGGCAAAAAGUGUUCAGGAUGAUGUAAAAGACGUAGAUGUGAAUCCUGUAUGCGUAUAUUGUAUAUUACAGACACGAUUUGCGACUGCAAACAGAAGUUCAUUAAUAUGGAUUACGGUGUCGUUAGGUCUGCAAAGCUUACCUUUAAAGGCGACAAUAGAUCGCAUAAGAGUAAAAAGAAGAAAAAGGAAAAACGAAAACGCCCGCAUAGUGACGGAAGUGGUGAGGACAAGCCAAGCUCGUCAGAUGGCAUUAAAGGUUGGAAGAUAGCUCAUGACAUUCUGGAUUUACGUGGUUGCGUGGCUAUUAGAUGGUCCGAUGGACGAUUCGUUGGCGCACGAAAUUCUGGUGCAGUCGAAUUAUGGACAAGUGAAGAUGACCCCGCCCCAGAGCCCGCUCAAAUGUUCACGUUAUUACGUGCCAGCGACAAUCAAUUAGCCAUUAAGACAGGCUAUGGUAAAUUUAUCUCGCCGGAGGGUGUUGAUUGUAAGUUACGCGCGGUUACUGAAGCGGUCGGGCUUCUCGAGCAAUGGCAACCUGUGUUCCAAGACGGGAAAACGGCGCUACUUUCUGGAGCGAAGAAUAAUUUCGUAACAGCUUGCCGCGGCGAGCUGUUUGCGUCUGUUUCCACUGUAAAGGGCGACAACGAAACAUGCGAAUUCCUCUACGAGGCAUCGGGAACUGAAGAUCAAGAGGCUAUCAAAAAGAGUAAGAUCGCUGAUCCUAGAAAGAUCGCCCGAAAAGCCGGACUGAGCAAGGAUCGAAUUCGGGAGCUGGAAGCUAAAGGCGAAAGCCUCUACGAAGCAAUCCUAGACCACCGCGCCAAAGGAAAGAGUGAUAAAUUCUGCAAGUGAGAACUAAGUCAGAAAUGCGAAUUCGACAUUCAAAACGAAAGAGUUGCUUCGCCUACCAAUAAGCGAAGGUGGACGAGUAACACUUAUUGAUCUAAGAGUUCAUUAUUGACGGAAUCGAGAGGUGGAAAACUUCCGCAGAAAUAAGUGAGGCUAUAAGCAGAUGAAUUGGUGACAUAAUACAAGCAAUAUCAAAUGAGCAGGUAUGCAGAGAAACUCUAACAUUUUAAUUUUUUUUUUAUUAAGACCGUAUUACCGUAUUUUGGCUCUAACCGGUUUGACUGCAAGAAGGGGAUGAUUUUAAAAUUUGAAAGUAAAAGGCUAAGCCGAAGGAGUCUAAACAAAAAAAAACCCCUA